AGGGUCAACAGAUGGCAACUAUAUAUGACAUCUGUCAUUCAAAUUUUGCCAGCAGCAGGGGCCCGCUGGCUCAAGAUACACUGCAACGAGCACCAUGGAUGGCCCGUGGCUCACAUGCGAUGGGGCAAAACUUCGCAUUUACUUGCCAAUUCGCAAUCGUAGCGCUAGCUGGUGGACCCUCCCAAUACGACCUGGUCCGCCAGAAGGGCAGGCAGUCUCUCUUCCCCCUCUGCCUUUGCCAGUCACUCUCUCUAUUUCUCUCUCUCUCUACCAGGACCACGGCGUUUUUUUACCAGGAAUGGUUAAAACCAGGGCAGGAAUAAUAUGCAAUUAUCGGUACCAACGCCAAUAUUGCAGCAGCAUCUCCAACUCGAGCGGCCCCCCGCCCAGGCUAGCGGGGGCUCUCCUCACGCCAGCUCGACUUCCCCACAGCCAGUCACUGUUUGUUGACCCGCAAAUCCUCCCUUUCUCCAAGACCCCUCACCUUCGCUCGCAGAGUAAACCACCGAAUAUCGUUCUCAAACUAUGGCAGCAGCAAAGCUAAUUGACCGCCGUCUCCGCAAUGUCCCUGGCUUCGCGUAGCAGAGCUGUUCUUUGACGUUCCUAUCAACUACAGCCGGCCGAACGACGGUACUAUUCGACUUUUUGCUCGGA